AUGUCGGAAUGGUUAAGAGAAGAUAUUUGGGAUAAACGUCUUGAGAAAUGGAAUACCCCAGAAUGGAAGGCAAAGAGUGAACAAGCAAAGGCAAACCGUGCCUCUAAAAAAGGUGGCUCGUUACACACAGGAGGUUCGAUUACUUUUGAGACCCAUAAAGUAAGAAUGGAAAAGCAAAGAGGGCGAGAUGUGAGUUACGCUGAGGUCUUCGAGGAGUUGCAUAAGAAAAAGAAAAAGGAUGGUACAAGAGAACACUGGGUGGUGACGCGUGAAGAUUAUCAUAAAAGGUUGGAAGAAUGGCAACAAACUCAGCCUCCUUCAACUCAACCAACACCUGAUGAUAUGGCUUCAUUGUGGACAGAGGCAGUGGGCGGAGCAAACAAAGGCAGAGUCUAUGGACUAGGAGUACAUCGACCUACAGGUCAUCCAAACCCACUCUUAGCCAAUUCUUCUCCUCAAAAUAAAGAACAGAUGGAAGAUAUGAGAAACGAAAUUCGUGGAUUGAAGCAACAAUUCAACUCCCAAUACAGAACAUUUGUUACGAUGCAGAAAUUCAUGCGUAAACAUGAGCAUGAUUUAUCUGAUGAUGAGGAUGAACAAACUGAAUCUGAUGUGUAG